GAAAAGAACUUCUAACAAUGGCUAAAAUCAAGUCCGUUAAAGCUCGUCAGAUCUUCGACAGUCGUGGAAACCCUACCGUUGAAGUCGACGUUACUCUAUCUGAUGGUACGGUAGCAAGAGCCGCCGUGCCCAGUGGUGCUUCCACCGGCAUAUAUGAAGCUCUGGAAUUGAGGGACGGAGGAUCUGACUAUCUUGGAAAGGGUGUGCUUAAGGCUGUGGAGAACGUUAAUACAAUUAUUGGACCUGCUUUGGUCGGCAAGGACCCAACAGAGCAGGUGAAAAUUGAUAAUUUCAUGGUACAACAGCUUGAUGGAACAGUUAAUGAAUGGGGUUGGUGCAAACAAAAGCUUGGAGCAAAUGCUAUAUUGGCUGUUUCACUUGCUGUUUGUAAAUCAGGAGCUAUGUUGAAGAAGAUUCCCCUCUACCAGCACAUUGCCAACCUUUCUGGAAACAAGACCUUAGUCUUGCCUGUACCUGCUUUCAAUGUUAUCAAUGGAGGUUCCCAUGCAGGCAAUAAACUAGCAAUGCAGGAAUUCAUGAUCCUUCCUGUCGGGGCAUCUUCUUUCAAGGAAGCCAUGAAGAUGGGUGUAGAAGUAUAUCAUCACCUGAAGGCUGUUAUAAAGAAGAAGUAUGGACAAGAUGCUACCAAUGUUGGUGAUGAAGGUGGCUUUGCUCCUAACAUUCAGGAAAAUAAAGAGGGACUUGAACUUUUGAAGACAGCUAUAGCAAAAGCAGGGUAUACUGGAAAGGUUGUAAUUGGAAUGGAUGUUGCCGCUUCAGAGUUUUAUGAUAAAAAGGAUAAAACCUAUGACUUGAAUUUCAAGGAAGAGAACAAUGAUGGAUCCCAAAGAAUUUCAGGCGACAGUUUGAAGAAUGUUUAUAAGUCGUUCGUGACUGAUUAUCCGAUCAUCUCCAUCGAGGAUCCGUUUGAUCAGGAUGAUUGGGAGCACUACGGAAAAUUGACUAGUGAAAUUGGUGAACAAGUGCAGAUUGUUGGUGAUGAUCUCCUUGUCACAAAUCCUAAGCGUGUGGAGAAAGCAAUUAAGGAGAAGACAUGCAAUGCGCUUCUGUUGAAGGUGAAUCAAAUUGGUUCUGUAACUGAAAGUAUUGAAGCUGUAAAAAUGUCUAAAUCUGCUAGAUGGGGUGUCAUGGCAAGUCACCGAAGUGGUGAAACCGAGGAUACUUUCAUAGCUGACCUUUCAGUAGGGUUAGCGACAGGCCAAAUCAAGACAGGGGCUCCUUGCAGAUCGGAACGUCUUGCAAAGUACAACCAGCUUCUGAGGAUCGAAGAAGAACUCGGAGCUGCUGCAGUUUACGCAGGAAAAAAGUUCCGAGCUCCAGUAGAACCUUACUAAGCUCGUUGACGGUUUCUUGUGUUGCAAUCCAGCGUCCUUGCACUUGGUUAGUAGUAGGGGGAACUCCUAGUGUUAAACUAGUAAGCACAAAGAGGUGGUUUUGGUUUAUGAAACCUUAUUUUUAAAGUUGCAUUGUGAUGCUUUGAUGUGUCUCAACUCUUACCUUGGGUACUUAUGCUUCUA